AAAAAGUGAGGAGGCUAAUGUUGAUUUCUGCUCUCUCAGGAAGUGUUUUUGCAUCAUAUUUCCCCAAAUUUAUCACCUGAAAGACAAGCAGUAUGGGUCAGACGCUAUCCGAGCCAGUGACUGCUAAAGAGACGUCAAGUUGUUCCAAUGAUUUCUGCAAGGUUGGUUCAUCCUGUAUGCAAGGAUGGAGAAUGAACAUGGAGGAUGCCCACACUCACCUUCUGUCACUGCCUGGUGAUUCAGAUGCGUGUUUCUUUGGUGUGUUUGAUGGACACGGAGGAGCCAAAGUAGCACAGUAUGCAGGAAAUAACCUUCACAAGAAAAUAGUCAAUCACCCACAGUAUAACAAUGACAUUGACGAGGCUAUAAAGGAUGCAUUUUUAUCUCUCGAUGAUGACAUGAUGAAGGAUGAAGAAAUGAAAGAUGAACUUGCGGGAACUACAGCUAUUGUAAGCCUUGUUAGAGAUGGAAAAAUAUUUACUGGUAAUGUUGGCGAUUCCAGAGCGAUUGCAAGUUUUGGCGGCCGAUGUGAAGUACUAUCUUUUGACCACAAGCCGAGUAAUGAAGAUGAAACAAAGCGGAUAAUAGCGGCUGGCGGCUGGGUAGAAUUUAACAGAGUCAAUGGUAAUCUGGCUUUAUCAAGAGCAUUAGGGGAUUUCGUCUUUAAGAAAAACAACAAGAAAAGGGCUGAGGAACAGAUUGUUACUGCUUACCCUGAUGUAACGACGUGUGAGAUAACAGACGAUUUAGAAUUCCUUGUCUUAGCUUGUGAUGGCAUAUGGGAUGUGCUAAGUAAUCAGGAAGUUGUGGAUUUUGUGCGGGUCCGAAUAGCCUCAGGACAGGACCCAGAAUAUAUCUGUGAGGAAUUAAUGACACGUUGCCUUGCACCAGAUUGUCAAAUGGGCGGCCUUGGCUGUGACAAUAUGACAGUUGUUCUAGUUUGCUUCUUACACGGAGGAACUUAUGAAGAAUUGGCUGUGCGGUGUUCAUGACUAGCCGCCCGGAACAGUGUCACAGUCCUAAACUGUACAACCUUGGACCAUGACCGCCCCAUCGAUGACACACCAGCUCAUAAGUUUGCCGGUUCACGAGAGCUGGAUUGAAACGAUCGUCUGAAAUUCAGAAUUUGUUUCGCAAAUUCUGAUAUUUCGUAAAUCUGUGACUCAGAGCUGCGAGCUGAACAGACAUUGUUGAAGCAUCGAAUGGGAACUGCGACCAAAAUCUAAAUUAUAAUUCAAGUGUUGUCAUGUCGCUAAUGGUUAACUAUUGGCUCGAGAUGGUGCCAGAUAUAACAUUUCAAGAUGAGACAUUGGGUGAUAUGAAUAAAGGCUAGCAAAUGCUUUUACUUCAAUUUUGUACAGAAAGGCCAAGUGUAAAUGUACGUGGAGUUUUAGAUAAAAGCAUUUACUACUCUUUAUUCAUAUCACCCAUUGCCAAAUACGAAUGAUAACUCCACCGUAACAAAUGAUUUUGUGAGUGUUAUGUUGUCUUCAUGUAUAUUGUUACAUGAUCAUUUGAUUGGGAUUCGGGAACUAAAUCCAUAAGGAUUGGAUCUGGUGGUGUAUUUAUGAGGAAUGCAUUGAGCCUUUCUGAGGUAAUACACAAUGUUACUUUGUCACAUGUACAUCUAUACAUAAUCAUUCAACUGGAAUUGAGAAGUUGGGACUCGUACGUCAGUGGGGAAGUUUCACCACGACACUAACUGAUGUAUGGAAAUGAUAUUGUGCGUUUAUGAGGUCACAGAGGAACGUUAUGUUGUCUUGGACAUGGUGCAUGAUAUGGUUGGGGACUGAGCAGUGUACAUUGUGCAUGUAAGAUUGGGGACUGAAGCUUUAAUGGAAUUGGAUUUGUUUCUUUAUGGAAACAUAUUGUUAAGUAGGGAGAACCAUUUCCUUUUCACUAUCAUUGCAUACUCAUGAAAGGAUUCUUUGAAUUCUUCCACAAAUAUGGAAUGAGAGAAAAGGUGAAUGUCGGAUUAUGAUUACUACAUGUAUGAUUUGCAUUUAAUGUAUAUACAAAUUAAGAUGGAAAACUUCAAUUUUUGAUACUUAGUAAAUAGCAGAGUGAAUGACCUUGGUGUUAUGUGAAUGAAUGUGAAUAAAGUUAGUCAAAUCAUACCAUCAAGUCCACCUGUUCCGUUCAAGUUAGUCACUAACUUGAACUUGGCGUCGAGUCUGCUGGCAUGGACAGAACCAGUGAAGAUAACGCCAAUGGCCACAAGUCUUUCCAUGUUCGUAGUCGGCAGUAGUAACAACUAGUCAACAUGAAGCCGUGCCAUAUUGAGUCGAGAAUAAGCUCUUGUUUUUCUGUCUUCUAAUAUCUGUCUCUGUUCUCAUCUAUACUGGUUUGUUUCAGAUACAUAAAACAUUUUGUAGUUGCUACCCGUGGGUUAGAUUUGACAGACUUGACAGCUGUUGUUUAAAUGUAGUAUUAAAGCGAGGAAGAUUACAUCAGUAUUCUCUUGCCAGAAGAAAAUGAACCUUAUCAGUGUUAAACCAAAAAGGUUGUGUUAGACAUUCUAAAGGGUACCACUUGAGAUAUUCUACAUAUCAUUAGGGAAAACUUCUCAGUGGUGAAGUUCUCAUACAAAUAAAUAUAAUCAUAAUGCCAAAGUUACUGUUUUUAUUAGAUAAUUAUAUUUCAAAAUAAUGCUAAUAUUUAACGAUAAACUAUGUUAUGCCAAACUAGAGAGAGUUAUACAAAUAUUUCUGAAGUGAAUCUGCACAAAAUUUGUCGAAAUCUGGCAUUUCACCGCGAAAAUAUUCGGGUUAGUUUCAGACGACUAUGGCAAAAUCAAUUUCUCCAGUAUGCCAUCAUAACUCAUUUGAGAUUUUGAACAUCGUUGGUGCCUUACGUAGUUUAUUUCCCAUAUUGUGUUGAGAUGUCGUAGCUGCACCUGGUCGUAUUUGGUGGUGUUAUAAACUGGCUCUGCGGUAUUAACAAAAAUUCAAUUCUUGAAAUGUUGGCGAGGACAUGUGUAUAAAAUAAAGAAUUGAUAAAGCCUUGAUUAAUUCUUAAUGCAAACAUUGAUUUUCAGGCUUAAUCAAGGGCUGAGCAAAUGGGCAUCAUUCAUGUUCAGCUCCUGGUAUUUUGAGGAAGUUUUCUCACACCUGUAAUCCAAUUUAUUUUGAGCUUCCUUGAAAUAUCCUGAGCAAAAAAUGUACAAAAUUAUUUAUGAUUAAAAAAUCGUUGAAUAUGUUUCUAAAUGGGCAGCUUGUCUUGUGAUAAAAGUGUGUAUUUUCUGCAUUUUAAUUGUUAGGUUGAACGGCCUGCUGGUUAUGCCAGGCCGGUGUUAGCAUGUUAAUAUUGUCUGAUAUGUGCUGGGCAUUCACGUUUUAUAAGAUACGUUGUACAUGUAUUUCAGGUUCGUUUAGUGGUGGCACCAUUCCUACUUGCGAAGGCUAGAGGGUAACUCCGUAUAGCUCAGUCGGUAUAGUGAUGCAUAAAUCCUGUGUAUAUAUAUAUCAAUGAGUAUGUGGAACAGAGCGGCACUGCUCUUCUUUACUCUAAUCACAGUAAACAUUUAAACCGAGCCAGAAGCUUCUGAGUGGAUAUCAGGUUGUAUAUGGCUGCAAUGGGGCCAUUUACAUUUGCCUGUACAUUCCCGCCAAAAAAUCUCACUGGUCCAUGAAAGCCGCCAUUUACAGAGAGUGACAUCAGAAAAUUGUAUGUCAUUCAAAUUGAUCUAACUGUGACCAAGUCCUUCGUCUUUGCUGCUGUUUAAAUCGUAGUGAAUUUAAAAUGACUGCUGAAGUUGUGCGAGACAUUCAAAGUACUAUGGCCCUAAUUCUAGGCAAAUGUACACAUCUUUGAUGGUUUCCAAAUCCAUCUACCUCAGAAAGCACUACGACCCUAAUUCUAGUCAAAUUUAUACUUCUUCACUGUGGCUUGAGCCAAUUGGCUGUAUUACGCUGCACUGUCCCCUGAGUUACUGGCAAAUGAUGCCUCAAACUGUUUCAGAAGGGAGAUCAAGAUCAGUCAAUAGAAAUUCCAUCCAAACCUCUGAUAAUCACUAAUUUGAAUUUUUUUUUGAGUUUGUCAAUUUCUGAAAUCUUGGUCACAAAAGAUAAAAACUCACAAAACAUUGAUAAAUUCUUUUUGUCAUUUGUGGUGUUGUUUACAUUCGUAUGUUGUAAAUUUCAAUUGUUUGUAUAAAUGUGUACAAAGUUUCUAAUGAGAAUUCAAUCAGUGUUUCCAAUAAAUCAAUUAUUUCAGAGUAUUUAGGCCGAGUAUGGUGAGCUGAGUCCAUUUUGCUGAUCUAUAAAACAACAGAACUUGUCUAAAAACUGUAAAAAUUCAGGCAAGAUAUUGCAAGGAGUUUAUGUAGAUGAAGUUUGUCACAAAAUAUUCAGAAUAGAGCUAACUUCCCCUUAGAGUGUUAUCUAUCUUCAUGGGUCGUGAACUCCAAAACGAUAACACUAUUCUAGUCAUCGCAGAAAAUUAUUUCAAUUUCAUGGGACGUUGUAUCGAGUUUGGGAGGGUGCCUUUCCUUUUCUUUUGCGAAAAGAUUGAAUCUGAGAUGUGGUCACAACUUAAGUAACAGCGGUUGUUGGUUGGGACUGGUUGUGUGAAGGUACCAAUACUCCAGGUUUACUGCUGCGUAUGUCUUCUAGAAUUCUCAAAAAGACUGGCGGUUCAGACCUACAUGACCAGUUCCAAGUCACAAUAGUUUAUCCCAUGUUGAGAGUACAUGUAUUUUGUCAUAUCAAUGUUAAGAUUGACUGGUGCGUUUGUCAGAAGGUGCCUGUGGGAUCAGUUAACAAAAUAAAAUGCCAAAAUAAAUUUUAAAAAUAUAAAA